AUGAUCUCACGCCGCGACAAAUUGCUGCAGCAGCCCUGGGAGCAGCUACGCUAUGCCCAGCACCGCGAGAAGGUGAUGUCUGCCCGCCCGGCCAUCGAUACGCAUACGCCGCGCAUCCACGAGCACGUCCAACGCAAGUGGAAGAAACAGCAGAACGAGCGAGAGCGUCAGCAGCAGAUCGAGCGUGAAAAUCUACGGCUGCUGCAGAAGCUGGGGGACAUCAUGAGAACGAAACGAAUCAACAAUCUCUGGCUGGAGCCGCGACCCAACUUCCUGAACCGCGAGAAGCAAUUUUACACACGACCCUACUCCAGUCUGCCAGAGAUUGUCACCAUUUAUGGCAAUCAGCCGCAAGGUCCGCUGAUCUACGGCACGCUGCCCAAGCCCACAGUGGUGGGCCGCUGUCCCACCUGCAGUGGCAAUCCGGAACGUACCGAGGUGGCCAUACCCGAGCAGCGUACGCCCUGGGCACCGCCUCGGAAGUCCUGGAACCGCAAGACCCAGCAGCCACUGCAGCAGCAACGUUGCUACCACUGCGGAUCUUUCAAGAGCACCGAACGGAGGUUUUUCGAGGAGUACUCGAACUCGUACUCCUACUCCUUUGACGGGUGA